UUUAGAGUCUGCUUUGAGAGAGCGCACGCACUACCUUCCUUUUAGAAAUAAAAAAUAAAUUCAGUGGACCACAAAAUCCAGGGCUUUUAUGUUUUAUAAAUUACUUUCGUAAACGUUUUUGGUGGAAGUAUCAACAUACAGGUCACCGAGAUACAUGUACAAACGUAGCUGAGAGUUUUAGAGAUAAUUUGGUAUAGUUGUUGGUUUUUGAUGAAAUACCCCUUAAUGUCAACAACGAAAUUCGAUUGCAACGUUACUCUGCUGCGAUCAAAUAUUUUUAAUUUAGAAUGCAAACGUACUUUUAAAAAGCUUUUAAAAAAAAACAACAAAAAAAACCACUUCCUGGUAUGAUUCUCGUAGCGUCACUAUGAACAAGGUUUUCAAAAUGGCUGCGGCCGCGAGUGCCACACGCGCCGCCCCGUCCGACAUGGCAGCUGCGAAAACCGCUGCAUCCGCCGCUUCUCUCGCGCUUCACGUGCUAGCGGAAUGCCCGGUUAGCAAGGCACGCGCGUGUGUUCUCAAGCUUCCUCACGGCGCCGUUAACACGCCGGUGUUCAUGCCGGUAGGCACGCAGGGCACUCUGAAAGGGGUCACCGUGGCUCAGCUGGAGGAGCUGGGUUGCCAGAUAUGCCUGGGUAACACAUAUCACUUGGGCAUGCGACCGGGUCCAGAGCUGAUCGAGAAAGCCAACGGCCUCCACGGUUUCAUGAACUGGAAAAGAAACCUUCUGACGGACAGCGGAGGUUUUCAGAUGGUGUCCCUGGUGGAGUUGUCCGAGGUGACGGAGGAAGGAGUCAUGUUCCGCUCUCCGUAUGAUGGCAGGGAAAUACUACUCACCCCCGAGCAAUCCAUCGCCAUACAGAACAGCCUUGGCUCGGAUAUCAUCAUGCAGCUGGAUGAUGUGGUCAGCAGCACGGUGACGGGCCCCAGGGUGGAGGAAGCCAUGCGGCGUUCCAUUCGCUGGCUGGACCGCUGCGCCGCAGCCAAUAAGAACCCACACAGGCAGAACCUGUUUGCCAUCAUCCAGGGCGGCCUAAACGCAGAACUGCGUAAGGCGUGUUUAGACGAGAUGACAAAGCGGGACGUGCCUGGUUUCGCCAUCGGCGGCCUGAGCGGCGGGGAAGAGAAGGAUGAUUUCUGGAAGAUGGUGACUCUGAGCACAGACCACCUCCCUAGAGGAAAACCUCGCUACCUCAUGGGAGUUGGCUAUGCGGUGGACCUGGUUGUGUGUGUCGCCCUAGGCUGUGACAUGUUUGACUGCGUCUUUCCCACCCGAACAGCCAGGUUUGGCUCUGCUCUGGUCCCCUGGGGGUCACUACAGCUCAAACAGAAGCAGUACGCUAAGGACUUCCAGCCCAUAGACCCUGAGUGCCAGUGUGCUACCUGCAAGAGACACAGUCGGGCAUACCUGCAUGCCCUCUUCAAGAGCGACACUGCUGCCAUGCAUCACAUCACCGUCCACAACAUCUGCUACCAGCUGACCCUGAUGCGCUCGGUGCGUGACAGCAUCAUAGAGCAGCGUUUCCCCGAGUUCGUGAGGAGCUUCAUGAAGAGAAUGUUUCCCUCCAGUGAGCAGUACCCCAGCUGGGCUGAGGAUGCACUUGCGUCAGUAAACAUCACCCUUGAUUGAUCAGAGAGAGACAGAGACUCCUGGCUACCAGUUGUAUGGUUGAUGAGCUUGAAAUUAUGGGCUCCAGGACCACUUAGCAUGCGGGGGUUUGUUGUUUGUUUGUUUGUUUGUGUGAUGGACACAAACUAUUAGUGUAAUUUUUAACAGUAUACAAAUGUUUAUACUUUGUGUUGUGAAUUUAAUGUUUUUAGGGGAGAGCUAUCAUUUCUUGACAACACAAACAUCUUCUCACCCACUUAAAUCUCUGAGCAGAUUGUCUCUACCCUUCUUUUAGUAAUCUUUUGUCGAUUUUAACCAAAUCUUAUAACCUUUCAUCAGUUUUAACCUUACAACUUUAUAUUCUUGUACUUUUCAUGUAACACUUCUGUUCUUACACGUUUUCAGUAUUAUAGCUUCACUUAUUACCUGUAUAUAUUUCCACAGAAUGACUUUUUUGUAAAACAUUCAAUUAUGUUUUGUAACGGUGAAUAAAGGUCUCCAUUACACUCA